AUGGGAUAAUGCGUCGCAGUUAAUGGAGGAAAUCCUAAAAAAGCAAAAGAUCUAUCUUACCUUACCACACAUAACUAGGAAAUAGAAGUAUGGAAAUAAGACUAGAUUAUACAAGACGAAAAAAAGCAACUAGAAAAAUUUAGUGAAUCUUAAACUCAGAUUUUUACAAUCUAAAAGGACAUAUUUUCUAAAAAAUACAAACUAACUAAAGAAAUACUUGGUAAAGGAGAAUUCGGAUUAGUCGGGAAAGCAAUUAGGAAAGUUUCUAUUAAAAAUUGGGAAUAAUCUCAUGAAGAUGAAAAAAAGGUAGUUGCUAUUAAAGCAAUCGCAAAAUAAAGAUUAGACUAAGACAUGAUUAAACACAUUAGAUCUGAAAUGAAAAUUCUUAAUACACUAGAUCAUCCCAACAUCAUUAAGUAUUAUGAAGACUUCGAAAAUGACACUCAUAUAUUUCUCGUGAUGGAAUUAUUCGAGGGAGGUACCUUAUAUGAAAAAAUGAUAAAGCUUGUUGACCGUAAAAAGACUUUUUCUGAGUUUGACGCAUGUCUCAUUAUAGAGAAAUUACUUAGAGCAAUUGCAUUUUGUCAUGAGAAUAAUAUUUGCCAUAGAGAUUUAAAGCCUGAAAAUAUCCUUAUAAACUAAAACCUAGAACUUAAGAUUAUAGACUUUGGACUUUCAAAGCAAAGAAAUAGGAAUCUAAGAGUAUUUAAAACUAGAGUUGGAUCUCCUAGCUAUAUUGCUCCAGAGGUUCUAUAAACUGACUAAUAUGGAUUUGAAUGUGACAUCUGGUCCAUCGGUGUAAUAUUGUAUGUUUUGGUAAGCGGAUAUAUGCCUUUUGGUGCUAAAUCAAUGACAGAGCUAUUAGCUAAAGUUAAAAAAGGAUAUUAUGAUUUCAGAGCUCCUACUUUUGAUAAAGUUUCUUCUUAGUGUAUGGAUUUGAUUUCAAAGAUGAUGAGUUUCUACCCUAAGAAUAGACCUAUUGCAAGCAAAGCACUACAGCAUGAAUGGUUUAAAAUAAAUUAGGCAAAAAUAUCAAAAACAGUUAUUGAAAAGGAUGUAUUAUUAAAGUUAGUAGAGUAUAGAAAUAUUCCAAUAGUAAAAAGGGCUGCUCUAAAAGUAAUUAUUCGAACAUUAGAUGAUGCUUAAACUUCAUUUUUAAGGAGCUAAUUCCUAGCAUUGGACUAAUUAAGAUGUGGUCUAGUUGAUAUUAAUUCUAUUAAGGAUGCUUUUGAUCAAGUAAAUAUCCCUGCAGAUGCUGAAACUUUAGAAUCAGUUGUUGAAAGUGUUUCAUGUAAUAAAACUGCUAAAAUUAACUAUUCAGAGUUUUUAGCUGCUACUAUUGAUAUGCUUUCACUGUUGACGGAAGAGAACUUAUGGAUGUUGUUUAAGUUCAUAGAUAAGGAAGAUCAAAAUGAGAUUGACUUUGUCUAAAUAGAAUACAUUCUUAAAUAACUUGAAAUACCUUACAAAGCUAAAGAAUUGUAGAAUUUGUUAAACAAUUUCUCGAAAUAAAAGCCAAAUAAGCUAGUUUAUGAUGAAUUUAAGGAAAUGCUUUUAUGCGAUGAUUAUUCCUAUAUAUUGGAGAAUAUCAAUGAGAUGUAGGAAGAAGAUUUGCUAAGAAAUGAUUAGCUUUUGCAAUCUUAAUUGAAUCCAAAAAGCCUUAUUUUUACAGUCUAAGAAAAUAAUAGAGUUUGA